CUCGCCGCGAGCCUUCGAGAGCAGCGGCCGCGGAGGAGGCGGCGGCGGCGGCACAGGCUCUAGCCAGCCGCGCGCGCAUCCCCGGGCGCCCUGCGUGGCGGAGAUCUCGGCGGGCCGCGGGAGCCCAGGACGGGACUGGACAAAGCAAGAUGGCAGGAAUCUUAGCCUGGUUCUGGAACGAGAGGUUUUGGCUCCCUCACAAUGUCACCUGGGCGGACCUGAAGAACACGGAGGAAGCCACCUUCCCGCAGGCUGAGGACCUCUAUCUCGCCUUCCCCUUGGCCUUCUGCAUGUUAAUGGUACGGCUCAUCUUCGAGAGAUUUGUAGCCAAACCAUGUGCCAUAGCCCUCAACAUUCAGGCCAAUGGACCACAAAUAGCCCAGCCAAAUGCCAUUCUGGAAAAGGUUUUUACUGCAAUUACAAAGCAUCCUGAUGAAAAGAGAUUGGAGGGCCUCUCCAAGCAGCUGGACUGGGAUGUUCGCAGCAUUCAACGCUGGUUCCGACAAAGACGCAACCAGGAGAAGCCAAGCACACUGAAGAGGUUCUGUGAGAGCAUGUGGAAAUUUUCAUUUGGCCUUUAUGUAUUUACCUAUGGAGUCCGGUUCCUGAAAAAGACCCCCUGGCUGUGGAAUACAAGACACUGCUGGUACAACUACCCCUAUCAGCCACUCACGCCUGACCUUCACUACUAUUAUAUCCUGGAGCUGUCGUUUUAUUGGUCUUUAAUGUUUUCCCAGUUCACUGAUAUCAAAAGAAAGGACUUUGGCGUCAUGUUCCUGCAUCAUCUUGUAUCUAUUUUUUUGAUUACCUUUUCAUAUGUCAACAACAUGGCCCGCGUAGGGACCCUAGUCCUCUGUCUCCAUGAUUCAGCCGACGCUCUUCUAGAGGCUGCCAAAAUGGCAAAUUACGCCAAGUUUCAGAAAAUUUGUGAUCUCCUGUUUGUUAUGUUUGCCAUGGUUUUUAUCACCACACGACUGGGUAUAUUUCCUCUCUGGGUGUUAAAUACCACAUUAUUUGAAAGUUGGGAGAUUGUUGGACCUUACCCUUCCUGGUGGGUUUUUAACCUACUGCUGUUGGUAAUACAAGGCUUGAACUGCUUCUGGUCUUACUUGAUCGUAAAAAUAGCUUGCAAAGCUAUUUCAAAAGGCAAGUCUGGGAAGUGGAACCCUUUACAUGUGUCCAAGGACGAUCGAAGCGAUAUUGAGUCUAGCUCAGAUGAGGAGGACUCGGAACCUCCGGGGAGUAACCCCCAUGCUGCGACCACCACCAAUGGGACCAGUGGUACCAACGGGUAUCUCCUCACUGGCCCUUGCUCCGUGGAUGAUUAAUUACUCAAAACUACAAGUCCCAAAUAAAGUGAACUGUUUGUUCCUGGAAGUAUUUAAUAACUUGCAAAUGCAGUUCCUUUCAUAAUCUCUCAGCACCAGAAACAAAAAUUAGGAUU